GAAAAACAGACUCGUAACUUACUCUUAACAACAACAAAAAGAAUAAUAAAUAUAGGGUUUUAAAACAUUUAUUGUUUUUUUAAACCCCUCUUGUUGCAUGUGGUCCCUUUCCCUCCUGUUGUUGAACAGAAUAAAAGCCCAUUUUGCUAGGGCCCGUAGUGCUGGCGGCCCCGCAGCUGCGGCCCUGUAACUUUAAACCUGGCCUGAGAUCAUCGUUUUGGCGCUGGCCAAACAGAGCCCGAGGGCGGGCCCAGCGCGCCGGGACGGAGACCACCUUGCGGCCGACCCCGCUCCCCCCGCCUCCUCGGGAGAGAUAAAUGCUGACUCCGCUCGGAAAGUUCUCUGCUGCAAAGUUUGCCGUCCGGCUCCCUGGGGCCUGGGAAGCUCGCGCACCUCCUGCGCCGGGGCUGCCGCUCCCACUCCGACCCCCACCGUCACGCUCCUCCAGGCUGGGCCUGUGGCCGCGGCGCUUUUGAAUCUUCCCCGAUCGCAGAAACUCGCUGCUCGGCCCCCAGGAGAGCAACUCGUCGGGAACGAUGUGGAAGGUGUCAGCUCUGCUCUUCGUUCUGGGGAGCGCGUCGCUCUGGGUCCUGGCAGAAGGAGCCAGCACGGGACAGCCAGAAGAUGACAUUGAGACUCCAGGUACAGAAGGCAGUGUUGUGAUGCCAGGUGCCGAAGAUGAUGUGGUGACCCUAAGAGCUGGCGAAGACCUCUCUAUGGCUGGCUUGACAACUCUGAUGGCAACCCGUGUCAUGAGUGUGACCGACCUUGGCCCCGAGGAUCUGCCAACUCCAGAAAGCACAGUCCACCCCAAAGAAGAAAGUCCGCGCACCACAACCUCAGACGUGGCAACCAGUCACUCCAGGGAGAAAGUGGAUGGAGAGACACAGAUAACAGUUGACAAAGAUGGUUUGGCAACAGUGACCCUGGUUGGAAUUAUAGUUGGGGUCUUACUAGCCAUUGGCUUCAUUGGUGGAAUCAUCGUGGUGGUUAUGCGGAAAAUGUCGGGAAGGUAUUCGCCCUAAAGAGCUGAAGGGUUACGCCCUGCUGCCAACACACUGAAAAAAGACCGUUUCUGUUCCUCUGCGCCCUGUCCCUGAGCUUGUGGGAGAAGAUGAUCCGUGGAACACUUGCCCACCCCAUUCAGAAUCCAUGGUGAUCUCUCUGCUUGCCAAAGUAACCGAAGGAAAGGCGGUUCACCAGGACUGGCUCCUCUCAAUAUUUGCCUUUCAAACAUGUUUUCGAACCUACAUUCUAUAAAAGAUAAUUCGAAAGACAAAAUUCAUAGAAAAUGGAGCAAAACUAUAUAAACUGCUUUGUAACUGAGACUGGACCAUUGGAUCGAUGUUAGAUGCUGUAAUCAUGUGUCUCCGUCUGACCGUUCUCUGUUAUUGUUAAAAUGCAAAGGAAUCUGGAAAUAUUUAUGACCACGGAGUCCUUGGAUCCGGUGCCAUGUCAGUAAAUAGCAGCAGCCUUUUGCAAUUGUUGAUUUGUUGAAAUGUACACAUUCCGGUCUAGUUUGGUCUAUCUUUUAAAGCCUGAUGUAUACCACAUAAUCAAGUAGAAAAUCUCAACUUGGAUUACGCGCGGUAAGCAACUGCCUUUAGCUGGUCCAGAUUAAUCAUUUCAAAGACAUCCAUCUUAGAACACAAGCGGGAAGUCUAUAGUCCCAAAGUAGGCCACGGGCAGCCUCUAGACUUGGCUUUACCCAAAUCCUUCUCCAGCCAUGACUUGGUGACUCCCAGACUUGCCCCCUCCACUUCCCUCGGAUGAUGGGGAGCAGGGGCUAAGGGGGCAGCCUUCCCUCCUCCCAAUGAUGCAUAUCCUUCGGAUUGGCUGCUUUGUUCCAGGAUAUGGAUAUCUCAGCCUGGACACUGAGGAAGCCGCUGGAUGUUUGAUGGUGCUAGAGGCUCAAGCGUUUUCGAAACCAAGAGCCCCCAUGCAGAACGAAAUCCUAUGUGAGCCUCUGGUAUGAGAAAUAAAAGCUGCCAC